ACUUUAUUAUUUAGUUUUUAUAAAGUUUAGUAUAUAUAUGCAAGAAAUUCCUUUAUUACAAUUCAUAAUAAUAAUGUUUAAUUGAAUAGUAUAAAUGCUCUGAAUGUGGUUCUUAUGUCAAUUUUAUUCAAAUUUCAGAUUAUUAAUAGUUUUCAUUUUCGUAUUGUAUUAUGUUGUAAUUUUUUAAUUAUUUUUUUGUACGUUCUUUAUUAUAAAAGAUGGAGGAUAAGGAAAAUAAACCAAAGUUGUUGAGUUGUAUGAUAAAAGGUCCUGCUCCUAUAUAUAAACUGCAAACCUUAGUUGGAUAUGAGGGUCACUGUCUAUCUCGGCCAAGAGGUCCAGCAUAUACUAUAAGACCUCGAACGAAACUUCAUGUAUCAAGUAUUGGACCUGGACCACAAUAUAAUGUUUCAAAAUUAACGAUUUAUGGAGUAGAUAAUCCUCCCGCAUAUACAAUAGUUGGUCGAGAGCCAUUCAAAGUGAGUGAUUUUGGACCAGGACCAGGAGCACAUUAUCCAGAGUUAUGUCCCCCAAUGAAUCACAAUAUUAGAGCCCCUGCUUAUACUAUUAAAUCUAGGAGUAGAACAAAACUAGAUGACAGUGGACCUGGUCCAAGUGCAUAUAUUUUACCAACUACUAUAGGACCAAAAAUUCCUGACAAAGCAGCUCAAGGUGCUUUUUCUAUUGCUGGGAUUCACAAACUUAGAGAAGAAGAUAUUGGUCCUGGUCCGGCAGCUUACAGCAAUAUAGAUGCCAAUCUUACAAAACGUAGUUCUCCAGCAUACAGUUUAAAAUGGAGGACUGGAUUACCAGAUAUAGAUAGAAGUCCAGGACCACAAUAUUAUCCUCAAUAUGAUACUGGAAGACGUCCUCCUAUGUAUUCUUUUGGUAUAAGACAUAGCGAAUGUGCUGGUUUACCUAUCACAGGCUUGGAUGAAGAUUGAUAUGUUAAUUUUGUAAAUUAACAUAAUUUUGUAUAUAGCACUUUACAUGCUUGUGAUGUCAAGUUAAUGUAACUUGUUUUAUAUAUAUAUUUAAAAUAAAUGUUUAUAUUGUGCUAAUUCAAA